GUUGUUAACUAUCAGCUUGAGAACACACUUCCACAAUAUAGUUCUGUUCGUCUUCAAGAAAUUUCUUCGCAAUUAUCUUUCUCUCUCUAUUCCAUGUGUUUAACACUCGCUAUUCAUGCCUUACGCCAAUCGACCUGUUGUAAGCAUCUCACAGCUUACUGAUGAGAAUAUCAAAUUCGUUUUGGAGGACACAGACCUCAGCUCCGCCAAUGCUCUUAGACGAGUAUGUAUAGCAGAAGUACCUACCAUGGCCAUUGACUGGGUCCAGAUGGAAGCCAAUUCCUCGGUAUUAUUUGAUGAGUUUAUAUCCCAUCGUAUUGGUCUCAUUCCUCUCACCAGUGACGAAGUGGUGGACAAAAUGGUUUAUUCUAGAGAUUGUGCAUGUGAGGACUUCUGUAGUGAAUGUGCUGUAGAGUUUACUCUGGAUGUUAAAUGUCUUGAUGACCAGACAAGGCAUGUGACCACAGCAGAUCUGAUAAGUAAGAACCCCAAAGUUGUACCGGUAACUUCCAGACAUCGUGAAGAAGCAAGUGAAUAUGAAGAGACAGAUGAUAUUCUUAUUGUAAAACUUCGUAAAGGACAAGAACUGAAGCUACGAGCUUUUGCUCGUAAAGGUUUUGCCAAGGAGCAUGCCAAAUGGAAUCCAACUUGUGGAGUCGCCUUUGAAUAUGAUCCAGACAAUGCUUUACGCCAUACUCUGCUUCCCAAACCUGAAGAAUGGCCUCGAAGUGAAUACAGUGAGCUUGAACCUGAUGAUCCCCCCCAAGCCCCAUUUGACCCUUCUGGAAAACCAAACAAAUUCUACUACAAUGUGGAAUCAUGUGCUUCAUUGCGGCCAGAAAAUAUUGUUUUUUCAGCCAUUGCAGUCCUGAAGAAGAAAUUGAGUGAUUUACAGACACAACUCAGUCAAGAAAUGCAGGGAGAUGCCCUGCGAAUUUGAACAUCAUCUCUUAGAUUUUAUCAGAUUUUUUUUUUUCUUCAUUUCAUUUCAUUCAUCAUUUCAGAUUUAUAAAAAAAUUCAGUCUUAAUAAAAAUCUAAGCAUUUUUAA